ACAAUCCAACAAAACGCCAAAAACUCAGCGCAGAAAAGUCACGGAAAAGAAGAAGGACAACAUUGAUUGUGUGCGGCAGUGUCUGUUGUUUUUUUCGGAAGAAAAUUACGGUGAAAAUUCCUCGGAAUCGGAACAGUGCCGGCGCAAAAGUGCGUUCCCAGUGCGGUGCAGACGUGGGUGCAUCCGGUCGCGGUGGAAAGUUGAACGCCAGUGUCGGGUUUCCAGGCGCAAAUUGGCCCCCUCCCCCAGCAGCAGCAGCAGAGUGAUGCCGUCCAAGAAGAAAAAGUACAAUGUGCGAUUUCCGGCGGGAAGGAUCAAGAAGAUCAUGCAAACGGACGAAGAAGUUGGCAAAGUGGCUCAGGCGGUUCCCGUUAUAAUCUCUCGAACCCUGGAACUGUUCGUGGAGUCGCUGCUGACCAAGACACUUCGCAUCACGAACGCCCGCAACGCGAAAACCCUUUCGCCCUCUCACAUGAAGCAGUGCAUCAUAUCCGAGAGCCGAUUCGAUUUCCUGCGGGACCUCGUCAAGAACAUCCCGGAUAUUGGCGUCAACGAGGAACAACUAUCUGGCUCGGAAGCCGGCUACGAAGUCGCCGGAACAUCUCCGGCUUCCACAUCCACAUCAUCUUCCUCGAACGGAGGACAGCUCCAUGGUGGGAGUGAACUCGUGGCCGGUGCCGGAUUGCUGCAGCGUUCAGAGUCCUACACACCGUCCAGCAGCAGUUCCAGCUAUGCCAGUGCCCUACCCCAGGCGGUCCAGCUUCAGCUCCCGCAGCAGAGUCAAACCCAGCAGCCUACUACUCUAAAACGGCCGUUCAACCACGCAAACAGUUUAAACUUCUACAAGGAAAUUUCGCUGGAGGAUUCAAGUAGCAACACCAGCAGCGGCCGGGAACCGCCUCCGAAGUUAACGCGUCUCCAUUCGGCACCGGCAGCGGCCAGCGCGACCACAACGAAUUCGAUCCCCAUCAAGAUCGACAUCCUACCAAAUCUGACUGCGGCCGCAGCGCCAUUGUCGUCUUCAUCGGCGGCGUCAGCUACGAUGGCCGCGUCAUCUAGUUCCAACAAUAGUCAACAGCCGCAGCUGAAGGCCAACAACGGCGGGGGCAUUGCGAGUAGUAAUAGUUUUAAGAUCACAUACAAAAUUGCGCCGAGCAGCAACCCGCCUACUCCGACGGCCGUGAUCGAGCAACCCGUCAUCAAGCUGGACUACUCAAACCUAAAGCUACCGAUGGCGGCGGCGGCGGCGACGACCGCCGAACACCAUCAAUCGAAGCAGUCGUGCCCUCAGUCGUCGUCGGUGACGCCUACUUCGUCGCGCCACCUGCAACCAACGAUCAAGAUCGACUUGAGCAACAUCAGCAGCUUCAGGAAUAGCCCCGCCCAGAUCCAGUCGGCUCCGGUGGCCCUCAUCGCCGGAAGUGGAAAACUGCAGCAAGUGCCUUCAACGCCUACUACUGCCAGCACUCCGUCGACGCCGCUGUCGGCCCUGAGCAGUGCUUCAUCAUCGUCCUCUGGGGCUUCUUCCAUUUGCGGUGGAAGCGCAGGUGGUAGCAGUAGCAGUAAAAAUCCGUACGUGUUUCAAGCGCAGCCGGUGGCGUCCACUAGUAGCGCAAGUGGCUCCACGGUAGCUCCCCUCUAUUCCAGUGUGUCCUCGACCAUUCCCGGAAUGGACGAAGACUACGAUGAUAUCUAGGUACAAUGUACAAGGAUCAUCGAUCUUGUGAGAUGUCGAUCGUGAGUAGAAACAUCUAUCCUUUGUCCUGUUUGUUUCUUGUUUAAACUGUUUUCAAUUGCAUUUAUAAAUAUAUACAAUGUAAUCUGUAAUCCUAUCCUUUAGCCCUCCCGAUUGUCAUCCGAGUGAUUUUCAUAGAAUUCAAAGCGCCAUUUUGUAUGGAUUCAUUUUUAAGCUCAAUGGUAUCAAGUUUGAGGGAAAAGAAUGAAACACAAAUUAGUAAAACUGUUUUGCAAAACACUAAAAAUGGGAUGAAAAUGAAGAUUUUCGACAUUUCUGUCAAACAUCCAUUUAUGUGAAAAUUUCAAAAUGUCUUCGGCUUCGUAGAGCUGUUUUACACUUGAGCCUAACAAAUGAAGGAGCUUGAUGAAAGAGUCGUUUAAUGUUUCAUCCAAAUUGUUCAGCCUUGGUUUCAUCGAUUAGAAUUAGAGCCAAUCUAAAACGAUUUUCAUAUUUCAUUUGGCACGUGCCUUUAGGCAUAAAAAAUGGCAAAUUUGCUUCAGUGGAAAUCACUCACUCUUACUUCUCUGUCAAAUAUGUAGUUGUUUAUGUCUAGAGUGUAUGUUUUUGCAAGAGAAAAAAAAAACAACUGAAAUAGAGAGUCAAAAUAAGUCUCAAAUUUGUACAGAAAGCGGCCCUCUCUUGCGUUGCCGCUUGAUUUUAGUUAUUAAGUUGUUUUAGUUCAACUACAAAAUUAUAAACAAAAAAAAAGCGCUGAGAUGCAACAACAGGAACGAUGAUUUCGAUACAAUUACACAAAACUACAAACCCGCGCGACCGGAAAUGGAAUUGUUUAGUUCAAAUGUGCACGUUUUAGUAUCGCAUACAUGGAAGGAAAGGUAAACGAGAGAGGUUAUGUUCUUGUAACACCUAUACUAUACUAUAGCCGUGAAAGUGUGUGCGUGCGUGUGUUUGUCAAAUUGUUGAGUGACGAUGGUUUGUAUUUCCACGGAAUUGCACUCUUCUGAAAGCACAUGCCGCGCCGUCAUACCUACUACCUACAUCAGAUUAAUAGAAGAAGGAUUCAUUUUUGUACAACCCAAAAUGCCGAUAUUGAUGAAAUAAAUUUAAUUAGGAUUUA